UUAAAAACUCAGCCAAAGCCUUUCCUUGCUCAACAGAGAGCUAGCUUGCUGCAUGCAGAGCUGCUGGAGAGGAAACUGAAUAAGAGGACUGGAGAAACGUCUUAAGAGUGUUCAGACUUAAGUCAGCUGUUUUAUAAACACAAGGAUUGACAUGGCUGGUCUUAAAUACAUGAGUGGUUUUGGAAACGAGUUUGCUUCUGAGGACCCGCGAUGCCCAGGAUCCCUACCUGAGGGACAGAAUAAUCCACAAGUGUGUCCGUAUGGGCUGUAUGCUGAGCAAUUAUCUGGGUCAGCCUUCACGUGCCCACGGCCAACCAAUAAGAGAAGUUGGCUGUACCGCAUCUUGCCAUCUGUGAAGCACAAGCCCUUCACUGCUACGGACUCUGGCUAUCUCACAGAGAACUGGAAUGAGGUGGAACCUGACCCAAACCAGCUUCGCUGGCUGCCGUUCAACAUUCCCAAAGUCUCUGAGAAGAAGGUUGACUUUGUCUCGGGAUUAUACACAGUGUGUGGAGCAGGAGAUACUAAAACUCGGAAUGGGAUUGCCAUUCAUGUGUACACCUGCAACACCUCAAUGACUGACCGGUGUUUCCAGAACUCAGAUGGUGACUUUCUGAUUGUACCCCAACAAGGUGAAAUACUGAUCACAACAGAGUUUGGAAAGAUGAUGGUGGAGCCUAACGAGAUUUCUGUUAUUCAGCAAGGAAUGCGUUUCAGCGUGGAUGUCUUUGGAGAAACAAGAGGCUACAUCUUGGAAGUGUAUGGUGCCCACUUUGAGCUGCCAGACCUGGGACCCAUAGGUGCGAAUGGAUUAGCUAACCCCAGAGACUUCCUUGUACCUGUGGCAUGGUAUGAGGACCGUACUGUGGCCACUGGUUAUACCAUCAUCAAUAAGUACCAAGGGAAGCUGUUCUCCUGUCAACAGGAGUUCUCACCUUUCAAUGUGGUGGCAUGGCACGGAAAUUACACACCCUACAAGUACAACCUGAGCAACUUUAUGGUCAUCAACUGUGUGGCCUUUGACCAUGCGGAUCCCUCCAUUUUCACCGUGCUGACGGCCAAGUCCACCCGUCCAGGCGUUGCCAUCGCAGACUUUGUCAUUUUCCCUCCUCGAUGGGGUGUGGCUGACCAUACCUUCAGGCCCCCCUACUACCACAGAAACUGCAUGAGCGAGUUCAUGGGUCUGAUCAAGGGACACUACGAGGCAAAAGAAGAGGGAUUCCAGCCAGGAGGAGCAAGCCUUCAUAGCAUGAUGACUCCUCAUGGCCCUGACGCAGACUGCUUUGAGAAAAACAGUACAGCUGCGCUCAAGCCGGAAAGGGUUGCAGAAGGCACUAUGGCUUUCAUGUUUGAGUCGUCCUUCAGCAUGGCAGUCACCAAGUGGGGACUGAACACAUGUCAGCGUCUGGACAAAAGCUACUACAAAUGUUGGGAGCCUCUCAAAAGUCACUUCAAUCCAAACUGGAGACCCAGUGCAAAGUAAAACUGCAUAGAUGAGAGUUGUUUAUCCUCACAGGUUAUGUAAGACAGACCUGCAGAAUUUAAGUUAGAAGUUCUCAAACCCCCCCCCCCCCCCCCCCCACAUGUACCCAUGUACCCAACUGUAAAUGAGAUUAUCAUCUGAAAUAUUCUUGGAACAGACAGUUAAACAAAAUUUAAAAAGUUAAAUUCAUGUAAUAAAAAAAAUUGUUUUUCCCUAAAA